AUGCACAACUUUUUUCUCUUAAGCAGUCGUGAGCUUGCUUCCGAUCCCGAGAACUACCGAUGGUUCUUCCCAUUAUUCACAAACAGCUCCUUAUUACUGAAUUCAUCCCUCAUGACGGGAUUCUCGUCACUUCUAGCGCUUGAACUAUUCAUAUUAUUAUUAGCUCUCAUAGUUAACUCAGCUUUAAUAGCAGCAUUACGGUCUUCCAGCCUUAUUCAUAUAAAUCUCAAACUCAUCUGCAUAGCUCAUCUAGUGGAAUUUUAUUUUUUAGCGACUGCUCAAAUUAUACUUAUAUGCUAUCAAUCAGGAAUUAUUUCUGAUACAGAUACAUUAUUGAAUGAUAUAUGUAUUACUUUAACCGGCUUCUGCAAAGUGCACUACCUCUGGUCCAUCAUAUUGGUGCAAGCGGCUACUGUGUUUGAACGAACGGUUGCUACUAGACAUAUUUCCAAAUAUGAGGUGAUGAAAGGCAAAUACAUUGGAGUAACUGUUUGCAUCAUUAAAUUUCUUCUUUCGUUGAUCAUUACAUUAGUUAUGUUAUCUCUCCGAUUACAAUUCUCAGUUGUUUCCAUCCUCCUACUAGCUGUCUUGCUCAUACUCACAACGUGGUAUGUCAUACUAAUGAGAAAGAAUCGUCGAAUUCUCGCCGGAUGCACUGUAGCAAUGUACUCACUAAGCUCCAAAUAUCAGGUGACAGAGAACAUUCGCAUAUUAUCGUUAGUUAGAAAUUUGUUUGUUCUCGAUACAACAGCUCUGUUCCUAAUAACAGGACCAAUGGCAGUAUUCCGCUGGUUUCCAUCCUUCCUCUACGUUCAGCCCUUUCUUGUUAUUGCCUUAGAAAUUAUGAUGGCAGCAUUUCCAUUGGAAAUGCUAGUAAUAGUGAUGUGGGAUUCGAACAAACGUAUUCGUAUGGCUAAUAGCCUAACAAUUACUUCAACAAUUGUUCACAUUCAAAAAAGCCAUCAUUUCCCCAUCCUGAAUGAUUAUCAUAUGUCACAAACGGGGACACUGGCAAGAGCGCAUUCGUUAGAAACACCAGAUUCUGAAGAUGAUGUUGCUACUCCUUCAUCCUCAACAUCAAGCACUUGUCUUGUUUGUGGCGAAAGUGCUGCAGCCAUGCAUUAUGGCACAAUGGCAUGCGUAGGAUGUAAAGGUUUUUUCCGCAGAGCUUUAAUGAAGGCAGAUCAGCUCGAAUGUUUCAACAAUGGUCGUUGUGUUAUAAACAAAAAUUUGAGAACCACUUGUCGGAGUUGUAGAUUUCAGAAGUGCCUAGAGUCGGGUAUGCAGCCAGGAGCUGUCAGACCGUGUCGAGAUAGUUUGGCGAAAUUGAAAAAGAUCGUUGUGGAAGAAAAGAAAACUGAACCUCCUGUUUCACAAAUUCCAAAAACGAAGGAAGAAUGGAUGAAGAAAAUGACAGUCGGCAUGAGAACACUAUUGAUGAACUUAUUAAAUAUCGAAGCAAGAGUGAUGAAGGGUGACACCAAUGAAGAUAUACACUCCCUGUAUCCACUUAAUGUACAUACAUUGAAAGAAAUCAUUGAAAAUCCAAAUAUACUGAGUGGGAAACGAUCUCAAAUGCGUUAUGAACCUGACAGAAUGGCUAAAAACAGUGAGUUAUCCACAAUUGCCUACAGGCGACUGAUUGCUGCCAUUGAUUGGGUUCAAAUGCUUUCGGAAUUAGUUGGAGAUAUUGAUGUGAAUGAUAAAAUUGCUCUGAUUAAGAGUUGCUUCCUUCCAUUGAUGGUUUUCAAGUUUGCCUCUCGUACUGCGGAAGCAAGUAAAGAUAAAGAUAUUUUGUGUUUAUGCAACUUCGCUUAUGUUCCCCGUCAUAUAUCAGAAGCAUACGCUGAUUCCUAUCAUUUGAGUAACGGUCUAGUUGGACGAGCUUUAGAUGAACUUGUUACUCCAUACAGAAUCUAUGGAUUCCGGGAAGAGGAGAUUGUUUGUAUUUCUGCAAUGAUAGCACUUAACCCCUUAGCCCGUGAUCUAUCUCCGACAAGUUAUACAAGAGUUCUGGAGUUUCGAAACAAAAUACAAGACGUACUCUUUCACAUAAUCAAAGAAGCACGGAUGAGUGCUAAUCCUGCUAUAUCAUUUGGUAAAAUUCUGCUUUCACUUCCUACGGUUACGAGCCUUGCCAAUUCUAUGUGCGAAAAUUUACAAUUUGCCCAAACGUUCUCGCCUCAUGCUAUACCCUUAAUUACGGAUCUAUUUGGAUGCUUCCCGGUUGAGCCAUUCCCAGAUGAAGAUAAUAGUCAGAAUUUGAAUUGCCUGUCGUAUGACAAAGGUUGUCAAACAGAUAUAUCCCAUAUGAAUCAAAAACGUAACAACAAAAGGCGAAUGGAAGACAUAGCCGAGGACGAGCCUGAACAUUUCCGUUUGCUUCAACCACCGGGAAAUUUCACAUUGACUGAAAUGUUCGAUGAUAUAUCCCAAGAUGGAGAGAGCGAUAUCUUUUAUGAUUAUGGCCAAACUACUGGCGCUCUUCCACCAAUAUCUACCUGGGCUACAAAUUACGUUCCAGUUCCCGCUGGUCCUUCUUACCAGCAAGAAUCUACGCAAGCAUAUACAGAAAAUUCAAGUCAGUGGUAUCCGCAACAAAACAUGCCAAUAGAAUCGGUGCAAGAUGUACACGUUCCUUGGAAUAUGGCUGGAGACCCUAAUGCAUAUCAUCAAAUGAGUCAGCCACAGCAUCAGUAUUACUAA